AUGCCGCCUCCUUCCUCGCGGUCCGAGGUUUUAUUCCAUCUUCGCGAGCUGGUCAAACAUGGAAUCCCCAUCGUCGGAGCGGGUGCCGGCACUGGUCUUUCCGCCAAGUUCAUCGAAGCAGGUGGCGCGGAUCUUAUCAUCAUCUACAAUUCAGGCCGGUUCAGGAUGGCCGGGAGAGGGUCUCUCGCCGGCCUGAUGCCGUAUGGCGAUGCCAAUGCUGUGGUCGUGGACAUGGCACGUGAGGUUUUGCCUAUAGUCAACCAGACAGGGGUCCUGGCUGGGGUGUGUGGAACGGAUCCCUUCCGCAUCAUGCCAAAGUUCCUCGAGCAACUGAAAGGUAUGGGUUUCUGCGGAGUACAGAACUUUCCCACCGUUGGCCUCAUCGACGGUACCUUCAGGGCCAAUCUUGAGGAGACAGGAAUGGGCUAUGACAAAGAGGUAGCCAUGAUAGCAGAGGCGCACAAGUUGGAUCUAUUAACGACACCUUAUGUUUUCAACGAGGACGAAGCUGAGCGGAUGGCCACUGCAGGCGCAGAUUGCUUGGUAGCGCACAUGGGUCUGACCACGUCUGGAAGCAUUGGUGCGAAGACAGGCAAGUCACUCGACGACUGCGUCAAGUUGAUCCAGGAUAUACGUGAUGCCGCGGUCAAAAUCAACCCCGACGUAAUCAUUCUAUGCCAUGGCGGACCCAUUGCAGAGCCGAAGGAUGCGAGCUAUGUCCUCAGUCGCACUAGGGGCGUCCACGGCUUCUUUGGCGCCAGCAGCAUGGAACGAUUACCGGUUGAAACUGCCAUCACAAACACGACUAAAGAGUUCAAGGAUCUGAAGAUCAACGGCUGA